CAUUUUUGCCUGUUAGAAAUUGAUAACCAAAUGUCUUCGUCGGUGCCCCCCCUCCCCCACAUAUUUGGAUAUGAUGGUUUUAUUUGCAAUUAUUUUGUUUAAAGUUUCUGGGUUUAAAUGUUGCGAAGAGCAUUGUGCUUCACACACAGCAUUGCCCCUUCACUCGGACUGCAGAAUUACACCACUGCGUGCCUGAGUCUGGCAGGCGUUACAUUUAAACUAUACCGUUUAUUGAUUAUUUCUCUUUGUAAUUAUGCGACAGCUCUAUUUAUUUGCCCUGCAAGCAGACGAAUAUUCCAAAAGAGUGUACCAGGGAGUCCGGGUAAAACAUACAGUGAAGGAUCUGCUAGCGGAGAAGAGAUCAAGACAGACCAAUGUGCCGGGCCGAUAUAACAGUGGAGCUAAUACUUCUCAGCCAGCGUUUGUCCAGAUGUCAGGUUCACACAUGCUGUCUGGAUAUUAUGGAAUGAGAAGAUCAUUUUUAUCUGAGUCUGAGUUCUCGCACUGUCACCCAAGCAAGCAGUUUGCAGCCGAUGUUUACUCCUCAUCCCUUGGAGGAAAGCCCCUGUCAUGUGACCCCUCGUCGGUUUCUGGGUACACUCCGCUAAUAGACAGCUAUUACCCCGAGUCCUUCGGAGACUAUCGUAGCGCUGCUUUCUCUUCUGGAGGCAGCCCCAUCUUCCCCCAGUCAGCGCUUCCAUCCCUCCUGCCACCAUUCUCUGGAGAUUCAGCUCACUUUCUUCUGAGAGACUCGUGGGAGCAGACAGUGCCUGACAGCAUCAGCCAAGGGGAGGGUCUUUGUCCGGACGCGAUGCCAUCAAUUCCACCCAGCAACUCCUUGACGAACCACGAGUCUGGGAGCCCCUCUCAGUACCGGUCCACAGCUCGGAGCUCCAGCAUUGGAGGCACCCAACCCUACUCCCUCCACUCCCUUGAUGACAUUCAUUAUCCGCCAGCUUACCCUGGCACCUCCAGCUACUCCACCUGCCCUCCUUACAUGACUGUGCCCAACGACCUGGCUUCCAAGUUGCCCCACCUCGCCUCCGAAGACUCGGACAACCCAGCGACCUCUAUAAAUGACACCCCGUCCUGGACAAAGGAUGAUGGGAGCAACACGUGGUCACCAUAUGAAGUCCGGAGGCCAUACUAAUUAUAAGACAAAACAAAGACUUAUGAGCUUCACCGGCUAAGUCCGUAUGAGGACUAACAAUUUUGAAGAAGAGACUAUUAUUCAUUCUUUUGUCGUUUUUUUAUUUUAUUUGUAUGUUCUUUGAUAUAAAUCUGAAGUCUGAAGAGUUGGUACAAGGGACUAUAUUAGUUAUUUUCCUGUAUAAAGCAUUGCUAAGUCAGGCUGACUAAAAUGCCAGGCCUCUGUUUUUGGGAACACUAUUUCUGUGCAUCUGGAGGUCAAAGGGAUUUAUAUAUGUAUAUAAAGAACAAGCAACACAAAGCGCUACUGUAAUAGCAGUGCGGAGGCAGCAGUGUGGAGUAGUGGUUAGGGCUCUGGACUCUUGACCGGAGGGUUGUGGGUUCAAUCCCCAGUGGGGGACACUGCUGUUGUACCCUUGAGCAAGGUGCUUUACCUAGAUUGCUCCAGUAAAAAAAAAACCCAACUGUAUAAAUGGGUAAUUGUAUGUAAAAAUAAUGUGAUAUCUUGUAACAAUUGUAAGUCGCCCUGGAUAAGGGCGUCUGCUAAGAAAUAAAUAAUAAUAAUAAUAAUAAUAUAUCAAUUCUGAUCAAUGCCAUUUGGUGGGAUUUUAUCAAAAAUGACAGUGCCAUUUGGUGUGACUUAUUCUGUAGCUCCCAAGCAGACUUCAUGGUACAGGAGAGUAGUCGGAAAACAAGCCAUUGUGUUUCCAAAAAUAGCAAAAAAAUUUACUUCCUCGCCAAACAACUACACCCGGUACAUAAAAAAGCACCAACAGACUUCUCAAAGAAAUGUUUGUCUACUGUUAUAACACCUUUCUUUAUCAGUUUCUUUUUACUACUGCUGUAUUUUUGUAUGAGAGCGUGUUUAAAGAUAUAGUUAAAGAGGGAAACGGGGUAAAUAUUUGAGGAAAUUAUUCAGCAUCAGUGUCUUUGCAAAUUAUGUAUUUAUCUAUGACAAACCAGGGUGGUAUAUAAACUUUUUUGUUUGUUUCUAAAUGGAAUGCCCUGGACCCUAUGCCUUUUUUUUUACAGGUUUUCUGAAAAUGAGACAACAAACUGCUUAUACAUUCUCACUAGCUUUAGAACACUGAUGUUUUUUUAAAUGUUUUUACCUUUCUUAAUAAAAUCAUGCACACUUUUUUGGAACUAGAAAUAAAUCAUUAAAAUGAACUGCGGGGUCCUAAAACACUGAUGUGGGAUUUUGUUUAUCACCCCAAACCCACGUUCUAAUGCUCAUUUCUAUGGGAGUUGAAAUGUGCCCCACAAAACACCUGUAACCUUUUGGUAAUGACAUGCUAUCAACUGCAAUUCUUCUAUCUCAAGCUGGUAAACUUUACCGGCAAUUUACUAUAGAUUCUCAAUGUUAGUGUACACUCUUGUUGUGACUGUAUGAUAUAUGGAUAGACGUGUAAAACAAUAUUGGUGUGUCGAUUGAAAAUCAUUUGGAAACAUAAUGGUUUUUUUGUUUUAUUUUGUUUUUGAACAUUUUUGUGAAGGACAGUGAGCAUUUCAAAAACGUUCUACUUCUGUAUAUAAAUUCAUCCGGUAACUUGCGGAGUAGCACAGGAAUUUGCUGCUUUGCUAACAGGAACAAUCGCUGGAAACGUGUCGAUAAACUCGCUGAACAGCUAACUCUGUACAUACCUCUACAUUCCCGUAAAUAUUGAAACAUUAAACACAAACCUUAAGAAAAGUCAACAAGUUGUGGCUGUCGUUUUUGUCUUGUUCAGACAACACCAGUGGUAGCCAUGCACCUAAUUAAUGAAUGGCUGCCUGUCCUAUUUACAGCAAUACUAUAAAACAGAAAAGAAAGGGAACCAUUGUCUGCUGCGCUAUCUGAUAAUGUCAUGAUAAGAGCAGUCAGCUAGAGCCCCGAACGACGUCAUAUCUUACAGUUAUCAGCAUUUCCCGUUUUGCAUGUGUAAGAAUCCAGGUAAGAAAAAGAAAAUGUGCAAUUAA